AUGUGCUUAGGCACAUAUGUCUUCGGCCGUUUGGAUGAGAAGAAUCGCAGAGACCUACCAGGUGCCAAGAAGAGGUCUCAAAGAGCCCGCAUUCAUCAGGACCCUUCCUUGCAUCUUGAUGCGUCACUUGACGAGUUCAAGCUUCAGGAGGAAGACAUGCAGAUCCGCUUCAUGCAUGGCGUCUUGGGCAGUGGGAAGACCGUUUUCGGAUCUUCCGUUCUGGUACACGUGGACAACUUGCACGAGUACGGCCUGAAUUUGUUGAGACAAGGACGGUUGCCUGAAGCCGAGCAUGCCUUCUUCAAGGCCUGGGAGAGCCGCGCCGCGCGGCUGGGUGCAGACCACCCGAUGGUGCACCAGUCGCUGCGGGAGUGUGCCGAGGCAAGGCGGCGGCGGGGCAAGGCAGCUGAAGCCGAGGCAAUUCUGCAAGAUCAUUUGUGUCACGGCUACCACCAGCGUCAUCCGCAUCGCGGAAACGCGACGCUGAGCACCUCCUGCCUGCACACAGCAACGACACCGAAGAACCCCCGCGCCGAACGCGGCUCCGACUUCCCGACGCCCGAUCCUGGGCCCUGGCGUGGAGAUGAGACUCUCGUCCGGAGGAGCUUCAGCAUGAGUGCGGAGAUUCGGCGAAGCCCAACGGCAACGUUGAAGCUGCUGCAAACGGCAGGGAGCUAG